AUGAAGAGAAAGGCAUCCACCCCCGCUUCUGGGGAAGCAGCGAAGAAGAAUUGCAAUGACCCCAUUGUCUCUGCGGCUGACGUUCUCUCGCAACCCGGUCUGACGUACGAAUUGGAUCCCGCGGGCGAUAUCAUCUUCCUCCUGCCCAAUGUCCCCAAGAGUAUGCCCGCCAGGCUGGCGGAUCUGGAACCCAACAUGUUGGGUGGUUUUUCUGAACUUUCUCAAACUCCUGAGUCGCAAUUGUCAACGCCCUCGGCAGGUGAGCCUACUUCAGAUGAGACUCCCGCGUCCGAACAAGUAUCAGACGAGCCAGCGGCCAGUGAAAACGAGUCAGCUGCCACUGAAGAAUCGGACACCGAAACGCCAGCCGAUGAGGUCCCAUUACCUCUUCGGAUUCGAACCUCGUCUAAGCAUCUCAGCUUCUCUUGCCCAUACUUUUCCCGAAUGUUUAACGGCGGGUUCAAGGAAGCGUCGGAGCUCGAGUCGCAGGGGUCCGUUGUCAUCACGGUUGAGGACUGGGAGGCGCUUCCAUUUCUUUUACUCUUGAUGGUUAUACAUGGGAAAAGUCGCAUGAUUCCGCGAAAAGUGGAUAUGGAGACCCUUGUUGACAUCGCCAUUCUGGUUGACUUUUACGAAUGUUAUGAGGUGGUCGGAGUCAUUUCCGACAUGUGGAUCAACGACCUCCUGGAGUCACACCCUCUAGCUUACAACGACGAUGUACAUUCAUGGCUCUUCAUCUCAUGGGUUUUUGCUAGGAAAGAGAUUUUCUCGAAAAUUACUCAAAUCAUGCAGGUCAGCAGCACCGAGGCGAUCGAUUCAGCCGGCCUGCUGAUUCCUGGGGUCAUUAUAGAUCAACUGAACGAAGGCCGGAAUGAAGGAAUCAACCGUAUAAUCGAAUUCCUUCACAGCCUAUACUCGAGCCUAGCUACGAACGGGAAGUGUAAUAAGCUCAUACUAUCCAAUGUGUUGGGUGAGUGCUGGAGAACUCGCACCGCGUGCAAAUAUGGAGUUAUAGGAGCUCUCGUCACGCAUAUGCUUUCAAUGGGCCUUUUGUCGCCAAGCCCUACACCGCCAUUUGCAGGAAUUAGCGUUACCAAGCUUAUCCAGGGUUGCGGAGAGAAGUUGCAGUCCCUGACUCAUUAUUCAGAUCAAAACAACGAGUACGUGGCCUGCAGUAUCUCACGGCGGACUCAGAACCGCCUGAGCAAUAUACCGCAACCUCCCGGGUUGGACAUUGACAAUCCAGCGUUUGUCAAGUUACGCGGAAUUCACAGAUAG